GAACCGGGAGCCGGGAGCCGAAGCCGCAGCGUAGAAGUCCCGGCGCUCGCAGCAAUGGGCCGGGGGUCUCGGAGGGCUCCAGGGUCUCCGGCCUUGCUGCGGCUGCUACUGCGACUGCUGUGGCCGGUGUGGGGGGCCGAGACAUUUCGUGAAAACAUCCCUGGAGAGCCAGUCACCCCUCACUGGGUCCUGGAUGGACAACCUCGGCGCCCGGUCACCCUGGAGGAGCCGGUCUUGAAGCUGGACAAGGGGCUUGUAGCCUUGGAAGCUGAAGGCCAGGAACUCCUGCUGGAGCUGGAGAAGAACCACAGGCUGCUGGCCACAGGAUACACAGAAACCCACUACAGUCCAGAUGGGCAGCCAGUGGUGCUGGUCCCCAACCACACGGAUCAUUGUCACUAUCACGGCCGUGUAAGGGGCUUCCCAGACUCCUGGGUGGUCCUGAGCAUCUGCUCUGGGAUGAGGGGCCUGAUCACUCUCAGCAGCAAAGCCAGCUAUUACGUGCAUCCUUGGCCAGCUGGGGAUGCAGAGGAUGUCUCAACCCACAGGAUCUUCCGGACAGAGCAGCUGCUUAGCUGGAAAGGGGCCUGUGGCCACAGGGAUCCCAGAGACAAAUGGACCAUGACCAGCCUUUUUCAUGACACCCAGAUCAGGGACAGGCGGGGGUUCCGCAGAAGCCUGAGGUACCUGGAGCUGUACAUAGUGGCCGACCACACCCUGUUCUUGACCCAGCACCGGGACUUGAACCACACCAAACAGCGUCUCCUGGAGAUCGCCAGCUACGUGGACCAGAUUCUCAGGACUCUGGACAUUCAGGUGGUACUGACUGGCCUGGAAGUAUGGACUGAGCAGGACCAGAGCCAGGUGAUGCUGGAUGCAAACGUCACACUCUGGGCUUUCCUGCAGUGGCGCCAGGGGCUGUUAGCACGGUUGCCACACGACUCCACACAGCUGCUCACGGGCCGCACUUUCCGGGGUAACACCGUGGGCCUGGCGCCCGUCGAAGGCAUGUGCCUUGCAGAGAGCUCUGGAGGCGUGAGCACGGAUCACUCGGAGCUCCCCAUUGGCGCUGCAGCUACCAUGGCCCAUGAGAUAGGCCACAGCCUUGGCCUCAGCCACGACCCUGAAGGCUGCUGCGUGGAGGUGGCAGCUGAGCCUGGUGGCUGCGUCAUGGCAGCGGCCACUGGGCACCCGUUCCCCCGCGUGUUCAGCGCUUGCAGCCGCCGCCAGCUGCGCGCCUUCUUCCGCAAGGGAGGCGGAGCGUGCCUCUCCAACGCGCCCGACUCCGGGCUCCUGCUGCCGCCGGCGCGCUGCGGAAACGGCUUCUUGGAGGAGGGCGAGGAGUGCGACUGCGGCGGGGGCCAGGAGUGCCCCGACCCCUGCUGCUUCGCCCACAACUGCUCGCUGCGCGAGGGGGCCCAGUGCUCCCACGGGGAUUGCUGCUCGAGCUGCCUGCUGAAGCCGGCGGGCGCGCCAUGCCGUCGGGCUGCGGGAGACUGUGACCUCCCUGAGUUCUGCACGGGCGCCUCUCCCUACUGUCCCCCCGACAUUUACCUACUGGAUGGCUCGCCCUGCGCCAGCGGCCGCGGCUACUGCCGGGAUGGCGCGUGUCCCACGCUCGAGCAGCAGUGCCAGCAGCUCUGGGGGCCUGGCUCUCGCCCAGCCCCAGAGGCCUGUUUCCAUGCGGUGAACUUGGCAGGAGACGCCAGAGGCAACUGCGGCCGGAAUGAAGAGGGCCACUACCAGCCUUGUACGAGGAGAGAUGCGCAGUGCGGGAAGCUGCAGUGCCAGGGCGGGGAGCAGAGCCCACUGACAUCACACACGGUGCCCGUGGACUCUACCAUCCGCUUAGGCAGCCUCGAGGUGACUUGCAGGGGAGCCUUCCUGCUACCUGGUGCCCAGCUGGACCGGCCCGAUUUGGGCCUGGUAGAGCCAGGCACCCUGUGUGGACCGGCGAUGGUGUGCCAGGACAGGCGCUGCCAGAAUACUACGUUUCAGGAGUUGCAGCGCUGCCUGACAGCCUGUCAUGGCCAUGGGGUUUGCAAUAGUAACCAUAACUGCCACUGUGAUCCUGGCUGGGCGCCACCCUUCUGCGACAAGCCAGGGUUGGGUGGUAGCAUAGACAGCGGCCCUGCGCAGCCCGAAAACCACUAUGCAUUCCUGCUGGCCGUGACCUGCAGCUUUCUGCUGCCUCUGCUUCCUGGGGCUGGCCUGGCCUGGUGCUGCUACCAGCAGCGGGGAGCCCAGCUCCAGCAGCGCCUCUGCGGCUCAAGGAGGAACAGUGGGCCCAAAGGAGGCCCACACAGGCAGCACCCCCUGGGCAGUGUUCAUCCCCUGGAGAUGGGCCCGAUGACCCCUGGAGAGCCCCAACCGCCUGACAUUGAAACCUCUGCCAGAGCUCAACAGCCACCUUGAGAAACCUGUGCCCUGUGGCCCUACCUGCACCCUAAGCAGGUCAAGUCCAGAAGCCAAGCUACUGUCUCUGGUGAGAGGCGAAUACUGAGAGCCACUCCAGGCACUUGGACCACCAGGGGCAGAGCCAGCCAGUCAGCAGACCUCCUUGCACCUUCAGGCAGCUUGCAAGUUUCUUCCCCAACUUACCUCCGCCCUACCUGCUCCAGGACCCCAGAGCCUCAUCAGAAUUUGCCCAAUGCUUUCCCUGUUUGUUAGGGCCAGGAACCAUGCAAGCCCAAGAAUCCACCUGUUAUGUAAAACUUCCACGUCUGAGAGACCCAAGAAAGAGGCCGACAAUUCCAGCAUAAUCAGUUUAUUAAGGGAACUUAUAUAUACAAGGCACGUCUUGGGCAGUCUCAAGACCAAGUGGAUGUCCACCAUGCCACGUGGCAGGCGCUAAAGGGUUAUAUAGUACAGGUCAGGAUGGAUGGCGUACUGGGGCAUGACCCACCCCAGAUAAAGGGAAAACACCGUACAUGCUUGUCC